AUGGCUCAAGUUCUUGGUGCAGUUAAGCAAAGACUGUGCGCAAGUCAAAAAACGCGUUCAGUAGAUGUGCUUUUAGAGGCAUAUGAGGUACUACAGAGAUAUGAGUCUGGUACUAUGUUUAGUGCUCUUUCAGAAUCUUACGUACCGAUUGAGUUAUAUAUACUCUGCUGUGAAACUGCAAUAGAAUUAGGUAAAUGGGAUAUAGCUAAAAAAUGUUUGAAAACUUUUUCUGAUAAACGAACACCGACAAAAGCACUGGAGUCUCGAGCUUUAUACUGUGAUGCUCUCGUUGCUCUUCACAAUAUUCCAAGUUCAUGUCGUGGUAAAGCAAAAAUAUCAGCACAUUUACAGUGUGCUAGUAAAAUAGUGACUGGAAUAAAAAUUGUUUUAGAGGAAUGGCCAAAGGAAGCGCAUACACUUACAAUAGGGGUUGAACAUUUAUGGUUGUCCAUUAGAGAUCUCUUUAAUACUGGAACAUAUGAGAGUGUAGUGGAUAUUAUUGUAUUUGUUGUUGCACUACAUGAGAAACUUUUAUUAGGUGGACCUUUUUCACAUCUUCAGUGGAUUCUUCGAUAUGCUGUAAGUUUAAGGGGUCUUGGCCGAUUUCAAGAGGCAGUAGCUCAAUUAACUACAGCGUCAGAUGUAAUAUCUAAAGUAGGAUCUGAAAGACUACAAUUACAACUUUUUAGAUUUCAAAUACCUUUUUCAGCUAAUUUACCAGGUUUUCGCCCUAAACAAGAUUAUACAAAACCUGUAAUGCAAGGUAUAUAUGCAGUACAAUCUUUUUUCUGUGGUAUUACAGAUGAGCAUGUUUCUAGGAUGGAACUUAUAGCAGCUCAUGAACGAUUAAUUACUGAUCCAGAGAAGAAAGAAGUAAAACCAAAAGGAAAGAAAAAUGUAGAAUCUGAAUUUACAUUUAAUGAUCCAGCACUUGUUAUGGAUGUUCUUAGUGAAGUGGUUCUUGGACUUGCAUUAUGUGGAGCAGAUGAAACAUGUAGUGUUAGUUUAUCUAAGGUACUACAAAGUGAAAGUGUUCGUCCUCGUUUAUUUGGUGAAUAUGCUCAAGCUAUUCUUAAAGCUCGUGCUUGUGGAGCUCUGGAUGCGACGAAGGCAUUAGAUGCAAGUUAUUUAACAAGAAGUACGGCAGAAGCACUGUUCAAGUGUAUUAAAACAGUGGAAGGAACUAUGGAUAGCGCUCGUAUGAUUGAAGAUCCUUCUGAACGUUCAUACACGUUGGAGAUUGGUUGUGUUAUUCUAUGGAAUCUUUGCCUUCCAUUAUUGCAGCCAGAAACACGUGGAAGAUUGCGUCACACAUUAAAACGUAUAUCAUUACUUUUGGCAAAUCAUGGUUCUAAUUUGACCAGACUUCUUGUACAUGUAGCCUAUGAAUCUAGUUUAGUUGAAUUUGAGGAAGAUAAUUUAACCACUGCUAUUGAGCAAGUUGACCGAGCACUUUCUUUAGAUUACUUUGUUGUGAAUACAGAUGGAAAUAUUGUCUUUCCUAUGGAUUUUGCGUUACAAUGGUUGAAACGACGAUGUUUAGUACGUCGAGCUAUUGAUACUAGUGCCCUUUCUUCACAGGAAGAUCAAGUGAUUCAUUUGAUUGAACAAGCAAGAACAACAGCUUCUACAUCUAAUCGACUUGUUUUGCUACAUUCUGCUGUUAAUAAACUUCCUCCUCUUAAUACUAUGGUAAAUAUUACUUCUGCAAUUAAGGAGAAAACACCGGUACAACGUGAACAAACAAAAAGUAGUAAACAACGUAAACAAGCUACCGUUAUAGAUACACCAGAAGAACCAACAACACGUCUUGUUACAAAUCCUUCGGUGGCAAAUAUUUACUACUUACUUUUAAAAGAGGCUAAAGAGAUAAAGAGUUCAUCUAUAAAUCAAAUAAUAGAAACUGUAGCAGAAAGUUUAACUCAUAUUAAUAUUUUGAAAGAAAGUGAUUCAAAAAAUUUACUUGUCAUGCAGGCAGAAGCUCAUUUGAGUAUGGCUGAAGUUUUAUUAACUAAAUCUGAGACCAAUAGUAAUACUGGAAAAACAAAUUCUACAGAUGAUGCUAUGUCUCAUAUUUCAGAAGCUGCAAAGAUUAGUGUAAAAUUAUGUGCUGCAGGUUAUCAUGAAGAAUGGAUAGUAGUAAAUGCUUGUCUUUCUUUAAUUAAUUGGUUCACUGAUUCUUUCCGUAAAGGUUUAUUUCUUUCAGCUGCAACAGUUCUUGGAGAACUGUAUAUGGCACUUAACCAAACUCGUGUGGAUCCUAUAAGAGAGUACAAACUUUUUGAUGAUAUUGGAUUUGGAUAUGUUAUGUCCAUUAUACAAAUGUAUAUAUCUUCAAAAGGUGAGGUAAAUGGGGAGUUAAGUUGUGAAACAUUGGAAGAAACGAUGGAAAAAACUUUUCUAUACCCUAUAUGUGAGGCAAAUAAUCCUAUACUUCGAAAAGCAUUAGAUAUUAUUCGUGAGAUAAAAAGUAAGUGGAGUUUACCUUCUCGAAGAAAAAAAUUUACGCUUCUUGAUUCCUGUGUUCAUAGACUUUUUGAAAAAAAUCAAGAUGAAUCUCAUCAUCCUCAGGAACUAUUACUUUUUUCUUUAGGUCGAUUGAGUGGUCCAAUCUCUUCUGAAGAAAAACGUCAUUUAAUUAAUAAGGAGUGUUUAGACUUGUUACGACUUGAUCCUUCAGUAGAACUUUGUGGUCGUCUCGCUACCCAUAGUAUGCAAAUACCAGAAAAUGAGAGAGUAACUCUGGAACUUUGUCGAAUUGCAGAUCAUUUAUAUCAAAAUGGAAAACUUGGUUGGGGAACUAAGAUGAUUAUAAAUCCUACUCCAAGUAAAGAAAAAGGAGAUAAAGGACAUUCAAGUUCCAAUGUAUCUUCAACAAGUGGUAGUAUAUCUUGUUCCAUUACGUAUCCAAAACCAUGUGAAGAUGAUUGGUAUUGGUAUGCUGUUUUAUUACUUUACCAGGCUACUGUUCUUUUGCGUUUGGGAAGUGGAAUUGAAAGAUCCAAACGUUUGGAUUUAGAAAAACGUAUUCUUGUAGUUAUUACUAAUAGUGCUAUUGCAGCUUCUCAUGGUCCUCCUAGAACACAAAUUUCACAAAUAUCACAAGCUUAUCAUGCUUUUUGUAUAGUUGCUGAUUCUUUUAGUGGAGCAUCACGUCAUUUACUUUUCCCAAGUCUUAAAAUGUUACUAUCCCCUAGUAUAGUAACAAAACUGAAAUUAUCAUCUCGAGCAGGUGGAAAUGAUGGUUAUGCAGAUCGUGAAGGUAUUUAUACUUUAUUAACUACAAUGGCUGGAUAUUUUCUAACCGCAUUAUUAGAAAAAGGUGCCUAUGAUGAGGGAAUUAAAAUAAUGAAUGAACUUCUUAGUGUUCUUCCACCAAAGUAUCAUAGAGUUUUUCACACUUUUGAAGCUCAAUUCCGUUGUAAUUUGGGACUUUCAAUGUCGCAAUUACUACAUAAAAUUAAAGGAGGAGAUCCAGAGACAGAAGCCGCUGUUUGGAUUGCUAUUGCAAAGAGUGCAGGAAAUAUUACAGAAAGUACGAAAGCUUGGGUAAAAUCUGUUGAAAUAUUAUCAGAAAAACCACUUGAAAAGGCUGAUACACUUCUUCAAAUGUCAGAAUGGAUGACAGCUCAUAAUGCUAUUUCAAGACAUGAACUUGUUACCCUUUUAUUAUCAGCUCUUGAUGCAGUUGAACAUUUUGGUGAAAUUCAAAUGAUUAAAACUUUAAGUGGUAGUACAUUAACUUCAUCAUUACGAAGUGUUCGUCAAACAUUAGCAUCUUCAUUAGGUGGACGUACAUUUGCUCUAUCUCAUGCUUUUUCUACUCGUUCUUAUGGAAAUACAUCUGGCGGUACUCAUGAACCUCCAUCUCUUCGUGAUGCUAUGACGGCGAUUCGUAUUUUGUAUUUCCUUUUCGUAAUUGCACCAGAAGAGUCAAGUAAUGAUGGUUCUUUUACCGAUAGUAAAAUUUCUUGUACGUCUACUAUUAUUUAUUAUAUAUUUUGUCUUUGGCAAAUUGUUUCUAUUCGUGUACGAGUUCAUGAUGAGAAUUUAGAACAUGAAACAAAGAAUAAACCAUUAGAACUUCCUGAAGAAUUUUAUGGUUGGCAAGGAUUUCGAGUUGAUCCUCAUUGGGUAGAUGUAAUACGAUCUUCUUGUCCUGAUGAUGCCACUUAUAAUACAGUAAAACUUUGGGGAAUGCUUAUGGAGGUUUGUGAAUUUUUUAUGCGAGAAAAUAUGGAACAAUAUGCAUUUAUCAUUUUUUCUUGGAUUGAAUUUUCUGUAUCUUGGAGAUAUGGAAAUUCUGAUCCACGUGCGUUGGCUAUAAUCCGCGCUGUUUAUUACAAAUCAUUUAUGGCAGCUUCUCGUUGUGGAUUAGGGAGAAUGAGUAAUAUGUAUCACGUGGAUGAACCUAAGGCUGAAUAUUGGUCUAGUAUACAAGAGAUAUUAUUAACAGUAGAACCUCCUUUACCUUUUUCAGACUUUUCAGAUGGUUUUUUUUCAUUUACUAGCUGUAAAGGAACUAUAUACCAUUCUGUUUUAGUGGAAGCGGAAGAACUUUUUUCACUUGGACGUAUACAAGAGUCAUUGGAAUGGAAUAGAAAAGUUUUACAAUGUGCAAUGCGAGUGUGUAGCAAUGAUACUAUAAUUCGUUGUCAUUUACUGGAGGCGCGGGCAAGUAUUCUUCGCGGUGAAGGAGCAUAUGCGGCUGAACAAUUAAGUUUACUAGAGGAAAAUUAUAGUAAACUUACCUUUCAACUUUGGACAGAACUAAGGUUAAUACAUUUUGAAGCUUUAGUAAGUUGUCAAAAAUUGGAAGAAGCUAUUAAUUUGGUUAAACAAAUUCCAAUAAGUCUUUCACUUCGUGCAAAUGAAAUUAAUACAGAUUGUGUAGCUAAAGAUGUAGUAAAAGAUAUAUUAAGAGAUUGUCAAAGAAGAGUUUUACGAGAAAGUGCUCAACUUCUUGUCUCUUUAUUUGACCUUCCUUUUCAUCGUUUCUGUUGGCCAGGGAAAAGCGAAUAUACUACCAAAACGUUUCUUUCAGAAGUGUGCGAUCAAUUACGUGAAUUUGGUGAUUGGAAAAGUCGAUCUAUAGCUCUUCGUGUUAGACAGAAUUUACGACCAUGUGUGGAUGAAACUCUUCUAGUUGUGGAUAUUGAUAAGGGUAAAGAAAUAUUAACUAUGUUAUAUGAAGAGUAUUGUGAACUUCUUGAGGUAACAGAACUUGUUCGUCAGGAAAUGGAAGCGAUGAUACCUGUCUCUUCAUAUACACAAAGUAUUGCGGCACAACCUGGUCUUGCCAUUGGAUUUGAUGAAGUAUUAGUUAUGAGAGCUCGUAAUUGUUUGGAACGAGAAUUAUUAAAAGAUUUUAUUUUACUACGAUACCACCAACUGACUAUGGAACAGCUUGGUAUACCAACAGGUGGACCUAAAGAAUUGGAAUCUUCUGUACUGCAAUAUAUGCGAGAUCCCAAACAAUAUGAAUAUAUAAAAAAGAGUGUACAAGAAGAAGAAGAAGAUAAUAUAUCUGGGACUGCAAAGAAUGAAUACGAUCCAGAGAAGGAGUUAGAAUGUGCGUUAAACCAUUUUGGUAUUCCAGUAGCAUAUAUGGAAGGUGCAUCUGGAGUAGAUGCUGAGGCUAUGCUUUGGCGUGUUACAAAUAGUGGUGAAGGAUGUUCACCUAUUCAAAUGGAAGCUUUUAUACGUGUUUCUCUCGCAGAAUUUCAACGAAGAUUAAAGGCAUUUAGUAAAAAGGAAGAUUCUUCUACGAUAAAUGAUGGAGAAACAGUAGAAUUAGGAUCACAUUAUAAUAAUAUUUUGACAAAAAAAUGGACCGUUCCUAUUGUUGUUGCAGAACGAGCUCUUGGUCGUAAAUAUAGUCGUAAAGUACUACAAACAGAGAGACGAAAAGGUAAGAAAAUUAUUCCUGUUGAAACAACAGAAACAGUUCCACAACCAAUUAACUUAUGGAUAAAUGAGAGUAGUAAUCUUAUACCUGCAAUAAAACAAGGUAUUACCUAUGCAUCUCAUUUAUUAGAUUAUAAGGAAUUAGCAAAAUGCUAUAUUUGUCUAGCUCAUUCGCUUAUACUUUCAGAUAUGCCAUAUGCAGCUGGUACUGCUAUUGAAUUUGCACAAGCUGCUGAGAUGUAUAGUUUCAUUGUUAAUGUUCAUGGCGCUCUUCUUAGUAGCUCACCAGAGAGUAAUUUUAUUCGUUUAGUGGAAAAAAUGAAGAGGAACACACCUUUUCUUUUAAAUACCACUGCCUUUGAUAAAAUACGAACUGAAUUAAUGACCGCCUCAAGUAUGUACCGACGGUGUGAUCUUGUAGGUCAUUGGCCACGAGAGCCAAACAACCCGGAUCCUCUUCCUCCUGACUAUUGUACCUUUUCUGUUGUGCGUGAGGGUUGUACGCCGUACUUCCUGGUGGCACUUCGCCGCCCGGACGGUAUGGUGGACAGUCGCCGUGUGCAGUUGGAUGUGAAUGCCCUUCUCGGCUGCGGCGAUGCCUUUAAGCGGGCGGAGGAACUCCAGCGGGGGGUGUUGGUCCGCCGCCCCUCCGCCUCCUCCGCCCCACCCCCCUCCGAUGGCUCCUUCGCCGCCGGCGUUCGGGCGGCCAGCCCACCGACGGCGCCCCUCCUGCGGCGGCUGGAGGUCCUGACGGCCCCGCUGUGGGAGGACUUCCGCCCCGCCCUCGCCUCCCUCGCGCCCGGCUGCCAUCUCUUUCUCUGCCUCGACCCGCUCCUGCACGCCCUCCCACUCGAGAUGCUCUCACCCAUCAUCGGCUUCGCCUCCGUGCAGCGCGAGUUGUCGGUGCUGAACGUACGCCAGAAGUUUGCAGCACGCAGCGGCAAGACGCAGUCAGGCUCAACGCUUCUACUCAUAGACCCCUUCGCCGAACAUGAGGGAGCACUGCAGACACUUGUAGGUCCAGAAAAUCGACACAAGUCCACAUCAAAUGAAAUCAUUACAGCUACAAAAGAGAGUAAUGGUACGUUGUGUAAACCAUCAUUGGCGUACAUGCAACGCUCUCUUGCAUCAAAUAAUCACAGCUCUGUACUCGUAAACACAUGUGGGGCUUUCACAGAUAUUGUAACCCCACAAUCACUUGCCGAACUUUCACUAGAUCACUUGCAGGUUGUAUUCUACACUGAAGGAACUAAUGAAAGAUCGUUACGUCGUAGACAAAAACAACAAACAAGCAAAACGACACUGAACCUUUUACAUGAAAAACAAUCUAUUUUUUCACUUCUUUUUCUUGCACGAGGUGUUCAAUAUUUAUGUGGCAAUGCUUUUCCUUUGUCUCCAGAGGAAUGUGACGCCUUAAGCAAACGAUGUUUACCUGUUGUUACUAAUGGUGGAAAAGGUGUGUACGAAGCUGUUCGUGCUGCUGCAGGGGAGAUUAUUACUAGUGUUUCUACUGAUAUAACCCCAUCUUUUAUCUUUUAUGGUGUACCUAUAUCUGGUAAACAAAAGUAA